GGCGGGUCGGUCCGCGGGGCUGCGGGUGGCGUCCUCCUGCAGGCGCCGGAGUGGGGGCUGGAGGCGGGGCCGGGGCGCGGCGCGGGGCCGCCUGCUCCGCGCUGCUCGGCGCAGCUUGGCGCUCUGCGCGCACAGGAGGAAGUAACAGGAGAACAAUCUGACAUCAGGUACGAACCCGAAGCAGGAGUCCCUGAAGCUGAAGCGAAAUUGGCUGUGCCUGUUGGCUCCAGAAGUACCUAUGGAUUAUGGCAGGAAAAGUGAAAUGGGUCACUGAUAUCGAGAAGUCAGUGCUGAUAAAUAACUUUGAAAAGAGAGGAUGGAUCCAAGUGACGGAAAAUGAAGAUUGGAACUUCUACUGAGUCUGGAGGAGGUUCUUUCAUUGGCUUGUUAUCCACAAUCAAUGGUACCCUUAAUCGGAUGAGUGUGCAAACCAUCCGAAACGUUUUUAGUGUCGAAACUGGCUAUCGGCUCUCAGACGAUCAAAUAGUCAACCAUUUUCCAAACCACUACGAACUGACCCGGAAGGACCUGAUGGUGAAGAAUAUUAAAAGAUACAGGAAGGAGCUGGAGAAGGAAGGGAGUCCUCUAGCAGAAAAAGACGAAAAUGGGAAAUACCUCUAUCUGGACUUUGUUCCGGUCACCUACAUGCUGCCCGCUGACUACAACCUGUUCGUGGAGGAGUUCAGGAAGAGCCCCUCCAGCACCUGGAUCAUGAAACCUUGUGGCAAAGCCCAGGGGAAGGGCAUCUUUCUGAUCAACAAGCUCUCACAGAUCAAAAAGUGGUCCCGGGACAGCAAGACUUCUUCGUUUGUGACGCAGUCUACUAAGGAAGCCUACGUGAUCUCUCUCUACAUUAACAACCCACUGCUCAUUGGCGGGAGGAAGUUUGACCUGCGCUUGUAUGUUCUGGUGUCUACGUACCGCCCGCUGCGCUGUUACAUGUAUAAGCUCGGAUUUUGCCGCUUCUGCACCGUGAAGUACAGCCCGAGCACCAGUGAGCUGGACAACAUGUUCGUUCACCUUACCAACGUCGCUAUUCAGAAACAUGGGGAAGACUACAACCACAUCCACGGGGGCAAGUGGACCGUGAGCAACCUGCGGCUCUACCUGGAGAGCACCCGAGGCAAGGAGGUGACUGGCAAGCUGUUCGACGAGAUCCACUGGAUCAUCGUGCAGUCGCUGAAGGCCGUGGCGCCGGUGAUGAACAAUGACAAACACUGCUUCGAGUGCUAUGGGUAUGACAUCAUCAUCGACGACAAGCUGAAGCCCUGGCUGAUUGAGGUGAAUGCGUCCCCGUCUCUCACCUCCAGCACUGCCAACGACCGAAUCCUUAAGUAUAACCUGAUCAACGACACCCUCAAUAUUGCGGUCCCUAAUGGCGAGAUUCCAGACUGUAAAUGGAACAAGUCACCCCCGAAGGAAGUCCUCGGCAAUUACGAAAUUCUCUAUGAUGAAGAGCUGGCGCAGGGUGAUGGGGCUGACCGAGAGCUGAGGAGUCGCCAGGGCCAAUCACUGGGGCCCAAAGGGGGCCGAUCGCGAGACUUGGGGAGAACCGUCCUCACAACCUGGAAGUGAGCACCCGUAGACGCAAAAGACUGCAGCCUGGACCCUGCCAGAUACUCACUGCACCUGGGCCUAUUUUGAAAUUUCCUUUUUUUAGAGCUUUCUCCCCCUUUCCUAAGCCCUGUAAAUAAAUAAAGGCAUUUCUUUGGAAGGUGAAGGAGUCUCUUAAGAGGGAAAGAUGCC